CUGCUGAAGGAGGCGGAUUUGAUCCAGCCAGGCCCCCGUGGUGGGGGUGGUGUUGCGGCACCGUAGCGGGCUCGAACAACGGGCAGGCGGCGGCUCUCUCCGCUCCCGCUCGCCUUCCCGUGCGCCACCCCCGCAGCACGCGCCGCGCCUCGACCUGGCCGGAGCCCGCCCAAGGCGUAUGUAUGCGAAUCAUGCGCACUGUGGUGGCGGCGGCUGCUUCCUCUUCCGGCCUCAAGAGCAACGGCGCGGUCGGCCUGGGCGCGUGCUCAUCAAGUAGCACGGCGAGGCUGAGCCGUCUCCCUGUCCGGGGCAUGCGGCGGCUACCAGGACCUCGACUUCUCUCGUGCCGUGGAGAUCGUGGAUAAAGCAUGCGUCUCUGUGGUGAAAUGGAUUCGUGUCCAUCAACAAAAUUUCUGGAUGUGGAUCUGAAGAUAAUUGACGUAUACUUCCAUCCAAAAGAAGUUCUUGUUAAAUUUCAAGGCUCCUAUAACACAGAAUGUGAUUUUGACUACCACAUACUACAACAUGAAAUACAGCAAGUGUCCAAAAUAAAAGAGAGCAUUGGUAUUGGUGAAUUUUGUUUAGUAGAAGAUCCAGAUUUUGGAGAGUGGCACAGAGGAAGAGUAGUAAAAAAGGAGAACCACAUGUAUGACGUAUUUCUCAUAGACUGUGGAAAAGUACUGGUAGUUCAUGAAACUUAUAUUGCUUUUGCCAUUGAUGAGUUGUUUCACCUUCCUCCAAAGACAGUUUGUGGGAUCUUUGCAAAUAUUCUUCCGAUUGAGGAAAAAUGGGCUCCAAAAGCUCUGAAUUACUUUUCAUCCUUGGUAGGCUUGCACAUUAAAGGCCAUGUGCAAGCCAUUUUACCCCACCAAACCUUUCUUUUUGAUGUGCCCAAAAUUACUAGCGAUGUGGUCGAAUUAAAAUUAGGAAAACUAGUGGAUCGAGAUACAUUUCGUCUUAUUGUAGAGAUGUUAACUGCAUUGCCGCAGGAACCCUUGUGUAAUCAAAUGCCAGAUUUACUGCAGCAGAAAUAUACAAGGCCAGACUCUAUGUUCUGCAGUGCUGGGAUUCCACCAGGUUUUGAACCAAUUCUGAGUAGUCUUCAGCCACUUUUAGCUGUAGGUAUGGUAGAGAAAGUGAAAAUAUCAGUGGCAGUCAGUCCCAGUAAAUUUUAUUGUCAGCUUGUGCGACGCCAAAAAGAGCUGGAUGAAUUGAUAGCGAGAAUGUCUUCCUGUUAUGAAAUGGUUGGUAGAGAAAAUGUUCCAUCUUGUGACAAUCUUGGAGUCCUCUGUGCAGCAAGGAAAAGCAAUGGUCAGUGGCACAGAGGAGUGAUGCAACAGCUCCUCUCUGAAAACAAAGUGAAGGUUUGGUUUAUGGAUUUUGGCAGCUAUGGGACUGUUCCUUCCAGUUGUGUUCUGAAGCUUCAACCGGAAUUCAUUUCAGUACCUAGGUUUUCAUUUCCUUGUGCUCUGUCAUGUCUUAAUGAUCAAGAUGAAGCUGUAAGAAAUAAUCAGCUAAAAAUUUUUAAGGAGACCUUGUUAAGUCAAAGCCCUGUUCAUGCUCACAUUGAUCUGUUCAGUGCUAAUGAACAUUUGUACUACGUUACAUUGCACAAAUAUGAAUCUAUGAUGAAUAGUGAAUACUUAUCUAAUGGAGGUAAUAAGGUUUCAAAGGGCUGUCCUUCAGAAAUCACAUACACAGAUGGGGACAUAAACCUUCCUGAAGCAAAACCUGUCUUUGCUAAGCAUGUUCAUGUGGCUACUCCACAAUCAGCAGAUUCGUUAGAUAAAAAGGACUCUCUCUUAACAGACUCUCCUUUAGCAAUCCCGUGCAAAAGAGCAGAACUGAAAAUAGAUUCUGUCUAUGUUGCUUUUGUAGAGUACGUAUUAAAUCCUUCAAAUUUUUGGGUUCAAACUAAUGAUUAUCUAGAUGAGUUUGAAACCAUGAUGAAAAGAAUCGCAGAUGUGUAUGAUGCAAGUAAAACUGAUGGCCUCCUUCUGGAAAAGCCAGAACCUGGAAAGUUAUGCUGUGCACGAUAUAAUAAAGACAUGCAUUUCUACAGAGCUGUCAUUAAGGAAGUAGUUGAUGAUUCUGUUAAUGUUUAUUUUUUGGAUUUUGGGAAUACUGAGACAGUGCCAGUCCUUGAUGUGCGAACUUUGCUUCCAGAGUUUCAAGAAUUACCAGCUUUAGCCAUAUGUUGUUCACUUGCUAAUGCAUUUGCAAUUCAGGACAUAUGGAUUAAAAAAGAAACUGACUUCUUUAAAAAAAUGGUGUUUGGCAAACCAAUCACACUUCAAGUCACUGCAAAACAAAACAAUAACUACUUUGUCAGUGUACAGUGUAUGAAUGGCUUGGAGCAAGUUGAUCUUCUCAUGUGUAUGGUUCAGGCUGGAUAUGCUGAAUACUGGGAAGUAAAGCAAGAUCAGUUUCUGAACACUGCUGGAGAUUCCAAACAAGAGAAACCCAUUAUGCAGAAGAAUACAUUAAUGAUGCCUAGAAAUGCUAAUCGGAACAAGAAAUUACUAAAUAUUCCUCCUGUGACACAGGAUGCUGCUGCUGCUUCCUUAUGGUCGAAGAGCACACUUUCCAAUAAAAAUGAGAAAGCGUUUUGGAAAGGUGAUAGUUUGGGGCCUUAUAAAAAGUACCAGUUUAAACCAGGAAUGGUAUUAGAUGUUUUAUGCUGUCGUAUUACUUCACCCGGUGACUUUUCAUGUCAGAUACAAACUAAACUACCAGAGCUAAAUAACUUGAUGAGUCAAAUUCAGUCCCAUUACAACACUUGCACUAGCCUGUAUGAAAGUGGACAGCUUGCCUGUGUUGUGAAACAUUCAAAGGAUGGACAGUGGUAUAGAGCUGCUGUUCUAAAACAUGUGUCUGGAACUGAAGUUGAUGUAGUGUUUGUAGACUUCGGUAAUUGGGAACGGGUUUUGCUGAAAGACCUUCAAACUAUUCUUCCAGACUUUCUGACCUUGGAAUGUCAGGCAUUCAGAUGUUGUCUCAGUAGCGUGACUGAAUCCUUAAUAUUUGACCCAUAUAAGUGGACUGCAGGGGCAUGUCGUGAUUUUGAACGCUUCAUUUCUUCUUCCAAAGGACUAUUGACUUGUACCAUUUCUGCCCUAAUUUUUAAGAGCCCAAAUUAUUUAUAUAAUUUGGUUGAUUUGCAGACGCCAUUUGUUAGUGCACAGCAGUUUCUCUUGGAAUGUGGCCAUGCCCAGUUUUGUGCUUUUGAACUCACAAGAUCAUUUGUACCUCCCUUCUUUCUGUUCAGCUUUUACUAUUCAUCUUUUAAUGUGAAAAUUGGAAGUGAAGAGGAGGUAUGUGUAACCCAUGUACACAGCCCUACAAAAUUCUAUUGCCAGUUAAAUAGAAAUGCAGAUGAUAUUGACAAACUGUCAGAAAAGAUGGCAGAGAUUAGUCAAGCAACAAGCUGUCCAAGCCAAGUAAACACAUACAGUUUAUGCUUGGCCAGAUAUCUUGAAGAUGACCUCUUUUACAGAGCUUUAGCUUUUCCUGCAGGAUCAUCAGAUUACUUGUUGGUAUACUUUGUGGACUUUGGGAAUAAACAGUUGGUACCAAAAGAUAAACUGAUACCAAUUCCAGACCAUGCAUCAGAAAUAUUAUUCACUCCUAUGCAAGCUAUCAAGUGUUACCUUUCAGAUCUAAGAGAUACUGAUAUUCCAGCUGAGAUAAAUAUAUGGUUUGAGAAGCAUUGUUUAGGAAAAGAACUGAAGGCAGUAAUAGUAUCUAAAGAAUCUGAUGGUCAGCUUGGUGUGGAGUUGUAUGAUGGCAAUCUACAAAUAAAUAAGAAGAUUCAAGAAUUAUUGAAAGAUGUGAAGAAGUGUGAUCCUGACCCAAAAGACAGAUAUAUGUGUGCAAAAAAGUCUGUUGGAAAUAAAAAUAUGGUGCAUAAAGUAAAGCUGAACACAGUUAAAACAAAAGAUAAAAAUGAAGUAGUUGAAUGUGAAAGAGAAGCAGGAAAUCAUAUACAUUCUUCCUAUCAGGGUGAUGGUCAAGUAUGUCCUGGAUAUGGAAAAGAAAUUAUGGAUGAACUGCAGAAAGAGUCCAGCAGGACUAUAACGCUUCCAAUAGCCUCUGAAAAUACAAAACGUUCUAAAGAAUUUUUGCAAGAUCACAUAGAUAAAGAUGCUUCUGGAGAACUUAAACCUAACACUGUUGACCCUACUUUGGCUUUGAAGGAGAUGCCUGCAGGUAAUAUAAUUGAAUUGUAUGAUGGGAGAAGAAGCCAUUCAGGACCAGAAUGGAAUAGCACUACUAGGCUAAAAUAUACAAAUCUUCUACAACGCAAUAUUCAGCCAAAUGCCAAACUUGCAGGUUAUAUUUCUUUUGUCUUUAGCCCAUCACAUUUCUAUAUUUAUCUUGCAGAGGAUGAAAAUAAAAUUGUGUGGCUUGCUGAGGAACUGAAUGGAGGCACAUUAGUGUUAGAGCCAGAAACAGAUAUUGAACUUGAAGAAGGUGACCUUGUUUUAGCAGAGUAUGAAGCUGAUUGCUGCAUAUACAGGGCUGUUGUUAGACAAGUUACAUCAGAAAAAUCCUGUGAAGUAGAAUUCAUUGACUAUGGUAAUGUAUCGGUUGUGAAUGCAUCAAAAAUCUACAAGAUGGAAGAGGGUUUCUUAAAAUUACCAAGACUCAGCAUACACUGUUUUCUUAAAGCAAAGUGUGGAUUUCCUGAUGGCAACUGGAGUAAUGAUAUUGCAGCCUACUUUGUCAGCAAAGUAAACAAUCAGCCAGUAGUUUGUGAGUUUUUACAACAGCAUGGCCAACAGUGGGAGGUUGAUUUAUUCUGUCAUGGAAUGCCUAUAACCAAUGAGUUAAUGCAGAAAGAAGUCAGUUUAGGUUCACAUAAGUUGCUUAUGUUGAAUCUUGACAAAGUUGCAAAGCAGCUUUCAUUAACAGAUACUGAUGGGAGUGAGCAAACCCGAAAACCAGAAAGUCAAACUGUUCCUGAAGUAUCUGAGCCCAGACCAACUUCGACAACACAUCCUAAAAUCAGCUACAACCAGAUAAAACCUGGACAACUAGAAAUUGCUGAAAUGGGCCAUAUUUCAGAAGAUGGAAAAUUCUUCGUGAAAUUAACUAAGGAUAUACAAACAUUGUCUGAUUUAAAUGUGAUGACAGCCCAAGAAGCAGAUAAGAACCCUGUACUUCACAUAGAAAAUAUUAAGGAAGGUUUAGAAUGCUUGACAAAAUCCGCAGAAACCUUGAAAUGGCAUCGAUCUGAAGUUGUAAAGAAGUUUGUGGAUAAAGAAAAUAUGUUGGUUUUUUUAAUGGAUUUGGGAAAAUAUGAAAUUGUGUCAUUGUACAAUGCAAAAAUGCUAAGUAGCAAGAUCAGGGAUAUUCCCAGGAAUUCAUUGCUGUGCAAAUGGGUUUAUAUUGAAAACCUAGGUGACUUGCCUUUUGAGAGAGUGGUGGAGGUGAUAACAUGUCAUGAGAUAAAGAUCAGGUUUCUGACAUACAUAGAACAUGCUUUUAUUUGGGAAGUAGAUAUUUUAGUAGAUGGGAUCUUGCUUUUGGAAUAUUGCGCUCAAAUAUAUGGUCAGAGAAAGCUAGAGGACUGUAAGUUACCUGAAAGUAUAAAUUAUUUGGUUAAAAAAACACAUGAAUCGUCAUUCAGGCUGAAUUCAAUAGCUUGGGCACCAUUCCAGAAAGAUAGGUGCUAUCCUGGGUUUGUCACUUCAGUCACUGAUCCUUCAAGCUUUUGCAUCCAAUUAGAAGAUUCAUUUGAGGUUCUGAAAGCACUGUUCAAGCUACUUACUGACCUUCCAGACAGCCUGCCAGCUAUCCCAUGGGAACUUAUUGUUCCUGGUACCAGUUGUUUGAUAAAGAUUGGCAAAAAGUGGAACAGAGUUGAAGUUUCUGAAGUUUCCAAUGUGGUAAUACUUACUUUUAUUGAUGAUGACGGAUUAUCAGUUCCCAUCCCUAUUUCAGAUAGCCACAAGCUGAAAGUUAUUCCAGAUAAGCUUGUUAGAUUACCACGACUAACUUACCCUUGCGCAUUGUUUGACGUGCUACCCACUGAUGGACAACAGUGGAGUGAUAAAGCUAAACUCAAAAUUCAAAAAUUUCUUGCUAGACAAGGUCUUCUAUUCCAAUUCAAACAGCAUCAUCAUGGAAGGUUAGAGGUAGAUGUCUUGUGUGGGCAGCAAAGUGCAGCAAAUUUAUUGGUUGCUUCUGGCUGUGCUGUGUGUUAUAAAACUGCACCCUGUUUGGGUUCAAUUAAUUGUGCAGAAGUUUGUCAGUUGAAAUCACUAAUUACGUGUGAUCCUCUGCAAAUAUCUAAUCAGGGUUGUGGUACAAUUAUUGCAUCAAAAAAGGGGGAAGAGUCACAGCAAUCAGAUUCUCAAUUCAAAUCUUCCUGUCUCCAAGUUUCAAGACUGAGAAGCCCCAACAGACGAUGUAAGAAAAGAGAGUUGCAGAAGACACACAGUAAUAAAAGAAAUGACAAGAGCUUACUUUGCAAAGAACAACCCUGGCAAACCUAUCCCACAGGCAUUUUCUCAAAAGCAAUGCAUGAUCUUCUUGCAUUGAGCACUGAGAUUGAUGGAAUAAAAAUUUGUAAAAAAGAGCCUGUGAGAAGAACACUUCACUGAAAAGGUUAAAACUCAUUAAAUGGAUUGUUUGGGAGCAAGUAAUGGAUAGACAAGUCAACAGAUCGACUUCCACAUGUAAAAGGACAGAAGAUAACUGACUGUAAAAGGCCAAAGUCUCUCACAGAAUUACUGCUACAUAAGUAUAACCUCAAAGCUAAACAUCCAUGAACUUGAAAAGUUGUGACUCUUCGGCCUAUAAUGCUGACACUGAGUGGCAUCUUUUGUAUUUGGUUCUCCCCACCCCAUAUUAAUGAUAAUCCUUUAUCAGUUUUUUUGUUUCAUACCUUGAUUUGGUAUUUGUUACUAGAAUGACAAAAAAAAAGAAAGGAACUGACAUUUAUUAUUGCUGGAUGUUUUCCAGCAAACAUUAAUUUUGUAUCCUGUGGGCAAAGAUGUGAUGGUCCUGUUAAAUCAUAAAAACCCUCCUGCCCUAAUUUUUACUGCUUUAUUGAAACUUGCAUCUUAACAAUAUAGUCACGUCUGUCUUGUUUGUUUUUUCAACAAUGCCCAUCAGAAAUCAGCUAAAUUCUGAAAUGCUGUACGUACAGCCAAUCCAUGGGACACUUCAUGUGUGUGGCAGUCUGUUGCCGAAGUGGGAAUCACUCCCAUAUCUGUCCAUCUAAGGAACAAGUUGAUGUGAGAAGCAGCAACUCUCGUUUUCAACCAUGACUGAAAGCUGUGAAUUUCUGCCUAAAACACACUGCUGUGGCUCUUGCCUCUGCCCAAGCCUGCUAGUUUAAUGUUUCUACCCACCCUGAGGCUUUGAUUCAAACCACGUUUAAUAGGAAGCAUAUUCCUUUGAUUUCAGUGAAACACAAGUACAUUGAUCUUAUAAAUGGCAAGACAAAUAUGUGGAAAUGAACUUCCACACAUAACAGCAAUUCCAGGUUGUUGUUUUUUUGUUGUUUGUUUACUUGUGGUGCAGUCCUCUGCUUUGUCACCUGUAAAUGAGUCUCGGCACUCACAACGAAAGUUUAAAAAAACCUAUCACUUUUUAAAAUAUUGAUGAGGCGGCAGCAGUAUUUUUUGCAUAUCAAACUAAAGUCUGUCUAAGGAAUAAGCCACAUGUUAGUAUUCUUCUGUCAUGCAGGAAGAAGGAAUUGUUUGCUAUUGAGUAAUGAAAGAAACCAGUGUUCUUCAGCUCUGAAUGCUGGUAUGAGUUUUACUGGUCAUCCUGUUUUAAGGAAUUGGGAAGCCAGUUAUACUUUUAUUUGCUAAUAUGUCACGUAUACAGUGUUUUAUGUAUGUGUGAUGGAUAUACUUGAAAAUUCAAAUCCAGAGAACCCCAUGAAUGCACUAGGACAUCCAAAAUGUUGCAGUUCUAUUGCAGGUUUUCAUGCUGCUUUGGAUACCAAUUCUGAGAAUUUCCCAAUUUUGUGGAAUGACUUCUUGGGGCAGGAGAGGAGCUGCAAUGGGAAGGGGAGCUCUCCCUAGGGCUCUGAAUUCUGCAUGAGACACUUCUCUCUUGAACCUAUUAGUUGUUGAAAACCAGCCUACAGAUUAAAAUGCAUGCUGAUGAUUAUUAUAUCUAGAUCCGGAUAUCCUGUCCUGUGUAUAUACCUGUGGCAGAGUUGAUUAAAAAACCUGCAAAGUGCCUCGAGAAGCCUCCAACUGACUGUGGCAACUGCUAGUUCUUAUAAGAGUUUGUCAGCUGGAAAGCUUGUUCACUAAUCCUUUUAAUAGUGCAGAAAUUCUUCGUGCAGCAUUAAGGAGGAUCUCUCUCUCUUUAGCCUUCUGGUGUGAACUAGGCCUGUGCAUGCAUGUCAUCUCAUAGAAUCUCAAAAAUCUUAGUGUAUUGGGCAUUUUCAAAGUACUAGGUUUAUUUUACCACUGAUUAACUAGAGAUUGAGAUAAUUGGCAUGCAUUGUAAAAAUACAUAAAUCCAUGUCAAUUCUACUGGAAGAAACAUGCCAUUAGGAUGGGUUUGGAUAUCGGAAGAUGUGUUUAAAUUGCAUUGUACUUUGUUUAAAUAAAAAAAGGGAAUUUCAGUGA